AACUCAACCAUGUGACACACCAAACCAACAGUGACAGGCUGUGUGUGUGUGUUAGUGUGUGUUUGUGGCAAGUUAUGCGGAACUUGUGCCUCCUCCUCGGCGUGUCUGUCUCUGUGUCUCUGUCUCUGUUAGUGUCUUCCUCUGCAGCUGGACCUUCUCAAACACACCGAGACACACCGGGUAAAGGUGUGUGCUGCAGGUGAGCAGGUAACACGGAGGAGGAGUGUUCACAUAGAACUGGAUUUAUGACAGCAUUGUUUUCAUCAGUCAGUGUUGGUAUGAAGAAGUCGGCGUGAGUUGUUUUUUUUGUUUUUUGUAAUUCUUGUUUUUUUUCGCAUCUCGAGGUUUCUUGUUUUAUUCUAAAGGCUAUAAACAAGCUGAUUAAAACAUGAAGUUUAACGGGUUCGUGAAGCUGCGGAUCGGUGAGGCGGUGGACCUGAAGCCGACCAAAUACUCCCUCCGACACUCAGUCAUCUUCCACAAAGCCCCCCAGACCCUGGACCCCUACAUGGUGCUGAAGGUGGACGACGUGAAGAUCGGACAGACUGUCACCAAGCAGAAGACCAACACGCCGACGUUCAACGAGGAGUUCAGCCUCAACGUGAACGACGGUAAACACAUCGAGAUGGCGGUGUUCAACGACACCCCCAUCGGCUAUGAUGACUUUGUGGCCAACUGCAUCAUCCAGUUUGAGGACCUCAUCAAGACCUCCAACACAGGAGAGACUUUCGAGGGAUGGAUGGACUUGGAGCCAGAGGGCAAAGUUUACGUUCAUAUUUCUCUCACUGGAUCCUUCACUGAUGACGACGCCAUAGUGAAGACCUACAAGCAGUUCACGAGGCAGCGACACGGGGCCGUGAGACGGAGGAUCCACCAGGUCAACGGACACAAGUUCAUGUCCACUUUCCUCCGUCAACCCACCUUCUGUUUCCACUGCAGAGAGUUCAUCUGGGGUGUCUUUGGAAAGCAGGGAUACCAGUGCCAACUAUGUACCUGUGUGGUUCACAAGCGAUGCCAUCAGCACGUCGUCACCGUGUGUCCACGCAUGAAGAAGCCGACAAAAGAACAGCCCGUAACCCAAGGCUUCAGCAUCAACGUCCCUCACAUGUUCAACAUCCACAACUUCAAGUCGCCCACCUUCUGUGACCACUGUGGCUCGCUGCUGUGGGGGAUAGUCAGGCAGGGGCUGCACUGCAAAAUCUGUAAAAUGAACGUUCACAUCCGCUGCAAAGGCAACGUCGCUCCCAACUGUGGGGUCAACAGCGUGGAACUGGCCAAUAAGCUUGCAGAGAUGGGUCUGCAGGCCGGAGGCAUCCCGAAACGCAACUCACUGGGCAAUAGUGCAAGUCAGAUGAGAGCGCCCGCUGAAAGGAGAGAUAGUAUGGACACCCAGCUGGAGACCCUUCGACUGGGCAUCUCCGACUUCACGUUCCUUCAAGUCCUUGGCAAGGGCAGUUUUGGCAAGGUGAUGCUGGCGAGACUCAACGACAAAGAUCGUGUUUUUGCGGUCAAGGUGUUGAAAAAGGACAUCAUUUUGCAAGACGACGAUGUGGAGUGUACCAUGACGGAGAAGAGGGUGCUGUCACUGGCCUGCUGUCACCCCUACCUCACGCAGUUGUACUGCUGCUUCCAGACGCCGGACCGUCUCUUCUUUGUGAUGGAGUUUGUGAACGGUGGCGAUCUAAUGUUCCACAUCCAGAAGUCCAGGAAGUUUGAAGAGCCCAGAGCACGUUUCUACACAGCAGAGAUCACCUCCGCUCUCAUGUUCCUGCACGACAAAGGCAUCAUCUACAGGGAUCUAAAACUGGACAAUGUUCUUCUUGACAAAGACGGUCACUGUAAGCUGGCGGACUUUGGCAUGUGCAAAGAGGGCAUAUCUGGAGGCGCGCUCACAGGAACUUUCUGUGGGACCCCGGAUUACAUUGCCCCCGAGAUCCUGCAGGAGAUGCUGUACGGGCCCUCUGUGGACUGGUGGGCUCUCGGGGUGCUCCUGUACGAGAUGCUGUCGGGACAUGCUCCCUUUGAGGCCGAAAAUGAAGAUGACCUCUUUGAAUCCAUCCUCAAUGAAGAGAUUGUUUAUGCGUCUUGGCUCAGCGCAGAGGCAGUGAAUAUACUCAAAGCUUUCUUGACCAAAAACCCGGCCCGACGUCUGGGCUGUGUGGCCUCAGAAGGUGGAGAGAGCGCAGUGACCAGCCACACCUUCUUCACUGGCAUCGAUUGGGAGAAGCUGGAGCGUAGAGAAAUAGAGCCACCCUUCAAGCCCAGGAUCAAAACACCAGAAGACGUCAACAACUUUGACCCAGACUUUACUCAGGAAGAGCCCACCCUCACGCCCAUCGAUGACCCUAUGAUCCCUUCCAUCAACCAGGACGAAUUUCGUGACUUCUCCUUCACCUCGACUGAACUGCAGGAGAGCUAAGAGUCUCCUCAUUGAUCCUCCAGUCAUCCUGCACUCUCACUCCUCUCAGUGUUUGUGUGUUUGUCUAAGACAGUUCCAGGUGGUACGUGCAGUGUGAUGCUGCCACAUUCCCCAGAGACAUGAGGGUGCAAAGUGCCGAGGAGUCAGCCAAACUCAUGCUGCACCUCUUGAGCACUCCUGUAAUUCCCGAAAAAGUGAUCAUCUUUUGAAAUGACAUUAAGUUUUGACAAUGUUUCCGUUCGAUUUGGACACAUUCAUGCAAGUGUCUGUGUGGAAAUGGUGUAUUUGAUGUGGUGGUGUGUUUGACAAAAGUGUCCAACCUCAGAAUAUUAUUGUACAUUUUGCUCUGGAUGAGUUCGCUUCCAGUUACUUCAAAUGAAAAAACACUUUUUGGAGCACAA